AUGAGUGAAAUAAAUGUGGAAAUCAGCCCGAACGAGAGCCUUAGAGCUAAAUGGCAACGUUUGUACAGGCGAGUGCUGUCUCUGGCUUCAUUACCUCUUUCGGCAUACGGGUAGGGGCUAACAAAACGUCGAGCCGCUAAAAUUCCCUUACUCAUCUGGCUCAGUGCACAGCGAGUGCCUCGAAUUUGACUGUCUUGCUGCCAUGCAGCAGGGUAUCUGACGGGUUUAUUUGCCAGUCGCCUGCUCUCAAGGCGUCACGUCCUGAUACGUGACGCUUACGUCUAAAAAGGAUGUUCCACCUCUGCCACCUUGACCCGUCAGAGGCACGUUCCUGCUGCAGCAAAAGUCGACAGACGACCUCUCACUCAGCACGUCGUAAUGACAAGCAAGAACCACAGGGUGCUGCCAGAAUCGGCGAUAGAGCCGGCCCGACGAAAACGGCGACAUAUCGGCUUACGUCUACACCAGAAACGAGGCGGAAUCGUCCGAGGAGGCCCAGCGUUCCCACCGGUCGAACUCAGUACACGCGUCACUCAAGCAACACGACAGGUGGUGAUAUCAACACGUCCAUGAUUUUCACCAUUCACCGGCACGUAGUUGCUCCCGUGCGCAGUCGGCUGUUGAAUUCCGAGACCCUUCGCGGGAAAACAGUUGACUGCGGGUCUGUUUAAUCAAGCCAUUUUCUCCCCCGGAUUCAUCAAGUAAGAGCCGCGCAUGGGUAUAAUAAAUACUAAAUACAGUAGGGUCCCGUUAAAACUAACUCGAAGGAACCGUGAAUAUCUGCUCGCCGUAUGAAAAGUUCAUCUUUAACAGAAAGGAUCUGAAUAACAGAACGCAUUAUUCCUGGUAAACCACACGAACCAACAAAUGAAACUGCACCAAAAGCAAAAGGCAGACGCAAAAUGAUAGUCAUUUGUUAAUUUUUCAUGAUGCAAGUGCUUUAAGAACACUUAGGCUAUUCAGUAACUGUUGCUUGCCGGCAUUUGACAAACCUGUGCGCUGUCACAAAAGCUGAAAUUUUACUUUAACGUAAUAGUUCUGCGGAAACCCGCAAGGUCUAGAGAAGUAAUUAAUAAAGGGAAAAUGAGACAUCCACCCAAACAUACCUAAGUGCUACAAAGGAAACCCAUACGGGUUCCUCGAAAUAAAAGCUUAGCAGUUGAAGGAA